AAAGGUCAUCCCCGCGAGAGACCCACCUCUUUCUUUGCACCAGAGCCCUGCUGUGUAGACGUGUUACUUAACCUGCCUCACAAUCUGUGUACUACGACGAACAGCAUGGUGAACUUAGGCGACGAGUUUCCCAACUUUAAGGCUGAUACGACCACUGGUGAAAUUAAAUUCCAUGACUGGCUAGAUGGGUCAUGGGCUAUUUUGUUUUCCCACCCCGCUGACUAUACCCCUGUCUGUACAACAGAGCUGAGUCGUGUUGAAAAACUCGUACCAGAGUUUAAGAAGCGUAAUGUGAAACUGAUUGCAUUGUCAUGUGACAGUGUUGCAGACCACAAAGGUUGGAUCGAGGAUAUCAAAGCAUAUUCUGGUGUUGCCGGGGUGUCUUAUCCGAUAAUUGCUGAUGAGAAACGAGAUUUAGCCGUAAAACUUGGCAUGGUAGAUCCUGAUGAGAAAACUGCAGCUGGUUUGCCGCUCACUUGUCGUGCUGUUUUUAUCAUUGGGCCUGAUAAGAAGCUGAAACUGUCAUUUCUUUAUCCUGCUACCACUGGAAGAAACUUUGAUGAGAUUCUGCGAGUAGUUGAUUCUCUCCAAUUAACAGCCACAAAGAAAGUUGCUACACCAGUCGACUGGAAGCCGGGUGAGAAGUGCAUGGUAGUGCCAACUGUAAAACCAGAGGAUGUGGCUAAACUAUUCCCCAAGGGAGUAGAAAUAAAGCCUGUACCUUCCGGCAAACAAUACCUACGUAUGACUCCCCAGCCAUAGUCUCUCCCAUUAAAACAAUGUUGGUUAUGCAUGUAUGCUUAUAAUAUCAUGAUUAGUCUCAUUUCACUACAGGGUUUAUUCUGUGUUUUUUGACAUUUUACUCUGUGUAAUACUUAGCUAAAAUUACCUUGUCAUGGACAAUUAACAAUUUUGGGGUGUUUUAAAUUUUUCAGAAGGCUAUUUUGUCUAGAGGACUACCGGUAACAUCAAUUUAUAAUUUUUGAAUUUUUGUUUUUUUGCAUUUUCAGUCCAUCAAAAUUUCCUGACUUUCUAGUAUGGAUAGAGGGGUACGACCCUGCAUGAAAUACUAUUUGUUUUUUGCAAACUUGGUUAAUUUGAGCACACCCUUUAGUAUGCUAUUUACAUGCCAUGUCAAAUAUUAUGCAUUUUCUCAUUUAGUUCCAUGUAGAAAAUUUUGGCUUGGUAUUAGUAAUUUUACAAAAAAAUGUAAAACAUCAUCUGAAUUUGAUAUUCUAGUCUUUGAUAUUUUUCGAAAUUCAUGGAUACCAACCGAGUAAAAAUAAGAUGACAAUUUGAAUUUUAGUCUCAAUACUAAAAAUUAAUUUAACCAGGAACAAAUUAAUAUAGAUGACUAGAUGUACAUGAUUAUUUGAAGCAUUCUUGGAUUAAUUCUGGGUCAGUGUUCUCUAAAUUCUAGAUGAAUGCUCAUCCAUUUUUCAUCUUGUAUGCUGUGCUGUUCUUACUAGGGCGCCCUCAACGAGAAUGCAAGUAUAUAAUCUUUCACAUGGUUGGCGCCCUCAGUGGUCAAGAAUUUUAUUGUAUAUUGGAAAAUUAUAAUAAUUAAUAUAAAAGCAAUCAAUAAAAAUUAUUACUAAAAAAAA